AUGCACCUUGCUCACCAUCAUCUGGUGUCCGACUAUGACAAGUGUCUCUACAUGAGCACUUGGCUUGAGGACGGUUCCCUCAAGUCCUGGUUCUGGGCUAUCGAGAAGACUAAGCCCGAUUUGCUCAACGACUAUGCUGCCCUCGUUGACAACUUCCGUGCACACUUCGGUGACUCGGACUUUAUCAACAGUCAGAUGGACAAGAUCAAGAAACUCACGCAAUGUUCCUCCGCUGCCAAGUAUGCAUCUGCAUUCCAUGAAAUUCUCAUCCAUCUUCCCAUCCACGAUGACCUGAUCAAAAUCAACAUGUCCAAGAAGGGACUCAAGGACGACAUCAAGUCUCUGUUCCUCAUGAUUCAGGCACCUACCAAUUUCGACAAUUAUGUUGCCCAAGCCAUCACGUUCGACAAUCGCAUCUAUGUGCAUGCUCAAGAGCUCAACAUCGAUUGCAAGAAUGUAAUGUCGAUUCUACCUAUCCCCGCUGCUCCCCGCCAGUCACAGCUCUCUACCACAUCAUACACUCCUGCCUUGACCGACCCUGUACCCAUGGAGGUCGACGCCGUCCGACAUCACGGGCCGCUUUCUGCUGAAGAGAAGCAGUGUCACCGUAGCUUAGAACUGUGCAGAUACUGCGGUGGUAAGCAUGACAUCAAGUCGUGCACUCUUCUUGCAAAGCGCAACACUUCUUCCUCUUCGUCUGGUUCUUCCCAGCAGGGAAAAGCCAAGCCAGGGGCUCACUGA